AGAUGGUUGCUAAAUUCAAAGAGGAACUUAGACAACAGGAUGCAAAAAUGCUAGAUCUGAAAUAAAUAUGCGAUAUCUAUUGCAAAUUGAAAAACUAUUAAUAAUAAUUGGAAGACGAAGAGACUAUCACAUAAGAAUACAGUAUUGCUAUUUAUGUCAUCCUAAUCUAGUUGAUGCUUUUGUGGCUUUGGGAGGCAAUCCAGACAGAACUGGAGUUGUUUAAAAAUAGACCAUUUUUGAUAUUGUUCAAAGUGAGUUCGAACUUAAAAUUGAUUUGGAGUCUUUUCUUGGAGAUUUCCAAGGGAAUUAAUUGGAAUUUGAAGAUUUUUGUCAAUUAUUUGAGAAUGCUGGUGAAGAUGCUAAGUCUUUCAUUACUGUAUAUUUAAUUUAAAUACAUUUUAGAGCUUUUCCCAGGCCAAACGUAACAACAAUUCUGAUUUUACAGUCAGAUUUAAAGAUUUUGAAAAAUGGGAAAAGACUGCUAUGUGA